AUGGCCGACUCACUGCGGGCCCCCGAGCCCUCGUAUUUCAUGUCGCCCAUGUGGAAGAGUCAAACGCGUCUCGAUUCGCCAAACAACUCCGUCCCGGGCACUCCUAUCACCCUUAGUACGCCUGGAACACCGAACGAAGGCAGCUCGCUCCAACGAGAGAAGACAUUCGAGCCGCGCGAUCUCAAACGCUCGUUAUUCAAGUUAAACAAACCGCCCCAAUCUACGCCGUCUGCAGAAUACCAGCAUUCUAGGGAAACGUCUGGAUCCUUCUACCUAACCACUCGGGGGUGGGAUAGCCACUCGACGGCGGACAGUGAUAUUGCUCCCACUUUGGUUCGAACCGAGCUCGAGCCAAUCGAGGAGCCUUACGACUGGGGCCCUUCUACUGAGGAUAAGAUUCGCGGCGACACCGUCUCUGGCACAUCUUCUUACCCAUCCGGCAGCAGCUCGAAUUUCAGUGCUGCCGCGCAUCCCCAAAAUCGUACUUCUGACUCCUUCUAUUCAUUCGAUGAGGCUGUCGUCUUUGACGAGGACGGUGACGAGGUACCACAAGUGCCAGCACUCUGGGACAAAGUCGACCCGCAGAUCCCCACCGGUAUCUCGAAUCCGUCGAUGGUCACACUCCCGAGAGGUACCGGUCCUACUACGCAUCCGUGGGUCGACGCACCUCCGUUCAAUGUCAUAGACCGCCCGACUCCCGUGGAUCACAAAUUCCGAGCGACCUUCAAGAUCACAGUAUCCUUGGCGGUCGUCAUAUCUUUGGUCAUCGGAUACGCAGUCAAGUUGAAGAUCGUCACGAUUGGUUUUUGGUCUUUCGGGAUGUACGGCGUUCUUCUUUGCAUUGAUUUCGCCGUUCAGGCAACGGUGGCUUCCGUCAAUCGUGCUCGGGUGAACAAAAUCUCGAAGACUUCCGAUGUCGUUGCAGAAGUCGAAAGGCCCAAGGCGCUCAAAGCUCCCGGUGCGGAUAUCACAGAGCAGGUGGCCAGAAUGCGACAGGUCUUCAUAGCUGUGGUUGGGUACAGAGAGGACGAGGAGGCUUGGAUCAAGUGUCUGCAAAGUCUUCAAGCUCAGGAUUAUCCCAUCAAACACAUCAUCGGUGUCGUGGACGAAAACGACGGUCCCGACUUGGACAUGGCGACUGCAUUCGGCAAAGCCUUCCCCGAGGACGAAUGCCUCAUUACGUAUUGGGAGACGAUCAAGGAGAUGGGCUGUCGUACGCCCACACGCUGGGAGUUCCUCAAGAUGUGGUUCACCCAGGCGCCGCGCGAGGGACAGGAGGAGGCUCAUGUCGUCGCUUGGAACCACAUCCUCGCGGGGAUGGGCCAACUAGAAUGGAAUCUGCUUUUCGCAGCCGCACGGACACAAGCGCCACGCCACGCCAUGUUCACCUCAUUCGUCGUCGGCACCUAUGCACUCGGUACUAGGGAUGCGAUGCUUACUACGGACAGCGACACAUACGUCCAUCCUGAUGCGGUCACCCAUCUUCUCGCCCUUCUCAUGAGCGAUGUAAGGAUGGCUGGUGUUACCGGAGAUGUCCGUAUUUGGAACAAAGACGACUCCUUCCUGGCCCUUAUGUCGUCACUGCGGUACUGGUUCGCGUUCAAGCCGUUUCGGGGUGUUCUGAACGCUUCUUUCUCAGCGUCGAGAGAGCUGUUUCCAUUGCGUCGGAUUUUGUCUGGUCCCCUUGGCCUCUACAAGACUAGCGACCUCAUGAGCGUCUUGGGCCCAUGGAUCUUACAAUCAUUCCUCGGCAAGGAGACUACCUUCGGCGACGAUCGCCAUCUCACCAACCGCAUCCUAUCUCUCGGUCAUUGGACCGGCUAUUUGCAUCUCGCCAAGUGCGAGAGCGAUACGCCCGCUGGUUUUGUACGCUGGGUCAAACAACAGACACGCUGGUCCAAGAGCUUCUUCCGUGAGGCGUUGGUUCCCGAAGAGUUUUGCCUGGUUUACCUCCCGAGGGACUGGAUCUACCCCCUUCUCUGGUUGGGGACCAUGUUUGGCGUCGCCCUCAUCAAGAGCACUUACGGCGUCAUUUGUAUGCGCGAUCCGACGUACUUCUUGUUCAGUAUAUAUGGGUUCAUGUACUUCUUUGGUCUUUUGCCGUCGAAAAUAUUCGCGGGCUUGACCGUGGGAAUCACGACAUGGGGCACAUCCGCACGAUCAAAAACCGAGUUCCAGCGUCCUGAGAGCCUCUAUUCACGCACAACGCACAUAGGACAUUUGGUCCUUUGGUAUAGUUCCCUGGCCGUUGGCCUCGCAUACUUCCUUUCGUCGAUCUUCCAGAUCCGCGCAAUCUGGUGCUUAUCGUUGCUCUGUUUCCCUCCCAUCGUGCAUCUCUACCAGGACGUGAUCAUCGGCGAAACUCGCUAUGCCUUCUACCUGCUGAAGAAGUGGUACAAGAAACGCUCAGCUCAUCGUACGACGGCCCCCACCACCGACCUCGAAAAAUCACAACUUCCAGGGAAAUUUCGUGCAGGAAACCGUGUCCGUUUCCGAAUGCCGACUUUCAGACGGACAGCGCCUGCGCCAGCUGCCUCCUCGACCUCUGCGCCAUCAUUGGAGUCGUCCUCUUCGCAACAAUUAACGUCGCGGUCGGCGUCUACCUCGUCUAUGUCCCAUUCGUCGUUGUCGGCGCAUGUCGACAUUCCAACUACGAUCAUCGACGGUCUGGAGGUCCCUUCAGCCUCGGGACGUAGACGCUCUAUCGCCGUGUGCACUGGUAUAGAUGAACAUCAUUCCAUCGCUCCGCGGACGUGA